AUGCCUUUUGUUGACUAUUAUAGCCUUAUAACCUGGAAGACCAUCGCCAUCUGCAUAUUUGGGACUGAGGCAGUUUCAGCCAAGUUUGUUAUGAAGACAGAUGAUGAUGUAUUUGCUCGCGUAGAUGAAAUCUUGGCUUCUUUAGAUAGGAUCAAUGUGAAUAGUGGUCGUCUACUAUAUGGUCUCAUAAAUUUAGAUUCCUGCCCUCACCGAAAUCCAGAUAGCAAGUGGUAUAUUAGUUCUGAGGAAUGGCCUGAAGAUACCUAUCCUCCUUGGGCACAUGGUCGAGAAGAAGAAGCACAAAAAUGGCGACCUAAAGAUCUUCAAGCUCGAAGAUGUUGCUAUGGGAAUCUGGAUUUGGGAUAUGAAGAAGAGUGGCUUGGAAGUUAG